AUGAAAAUUUACAAUCAGCCACCGGAUAAUGAUUUUGAUGCAAGUUCAAUACAACGUUGUCGUGAUAUACUUUAUAUAAAUAUUUUUGAUGAACUUCAUGUUGAUCAACCAAAAACAGAUCAAGAACGUGAUCAAAUUAUACGAGAACGUAUUGCAAGAAAUUGGCUUGGAUCAAUUAAAAUUCCAUUUAGUAAUAUUUAUGUUAAUGGACGAUUAGAAGGUACUUAUCGUUUAAAUAUACCAAAUCCAUUAUUAGGUUAUUCAAGAGAUAAAUUCUCUGGAACAAAACUUGAUACAACUCAAAGAAUAUUACCAACUAGUGUACUUCGUAUGUUUGCUACAAUGGAUCCACUUUUAGCACCACCAGAAUCAAUUCAACAAUCGUUUGAUAGUACAGAAUCACUUGAAUUACUUAAUCAUGCUCGUUUCUGGGUUGAAGAGUUAAAUAAAAAAUUUCCUAAUCGAGAUUAUAAAGCAACAGUAUCAGAUAUAAAUGGUCGAGCAGUAUUUAUACCACGUUUUCUUCAUCCAUUACCAUUACCACCACUUGGUUUAACAGCAGCAGAUACAACAACAGCAGCGGCUGCUGGAGGUGGAGGAGAUAAUCAAAUGCAACAAUUGGCUCGUUUUGUUUCAUUAAUUCCAUUUCUUGCUGAUACAGUUACUUUUCCAGGACUAUGUGAUAUUUGGGAAACAUCCGAUCAAUUUUUACGUACAAUGUCUGGUGAUGAUGAAGAACAUGCUGUUUUAUUGAAUAAUUAUUUUUUAACAUUGAAUAGAAAUAGUUGGAUAGCUAUAGGUGUAUCAAUUUAUAGUGGUCCAUGUUGUUUUGUUUUAACAAAAAACGAUGGACAACGUUAUCCAACUUGUUGGAGUGUAGCUGAUGGACGUGAUGCAUUAACAAUUGAUACAUGGAAUCCAAUUCGAAGUAUAUAUCUAUUAGCAAAUAGAGAAAAUGUAUGGGCUAAUAUACAAGAACAAGAUAUACCAUCACGGAUGAAUUUUGAUGUAAAUAAAACAAAAGAUUGGCGACCAUUCUUUAGUCAUUCAUUUCCACGUGAUAAUAUACCGUGGACUUCUGUUCAGCCAAAUGAUUUACAUUAUGAAGAGACACGUGCUGAAGAUGUUGCUGCACUUAUAAGACAAAUUGAUGACAUUUUACAUGAAAAAUUUCGUGAUUGGCGUGAAGCAAAUGUCACACGUUGGCAUAGUACUUGUCAAAAUCGUCUUCGAGAAAUCGUUAAGGAUAAAGAAAUGGAAUUCAUAAAAGGAUCUAUUGGAACAGACAUAGAAUCUAAAUUAGUAGAAUUUCAAGGCACACAUAAUAUUACUGGAUUUUCACUUCAAAUGCCGUAUACUACUAUUCAAGCAAUAGUUGAUUCAGUUCAUUCAACAAAUAUUUUUAAACAUGCAACAAAUGAUAUUCAAUUUGCAUUAGCUGUUCAUAUUCAUCCAUAUCCAAAUAAUAUACUUGCUGUUUGGAUUUAUAUAGCACAUUUAACAAAAAAAAGUUAA